CAACCCUUGACCCAGCUGAUGUUUUUGUUGACUUCUGUAUCAGAAAUACUUUCGCUUCACCAUGAUUUUCAUCUUAAAUUUUCACUAGCCAGCGAGAAGGUCGAGGACUUCAACAAGUCUGAGUUCUUAUGUCUGCUAUAUGGCAGUUUAUUAGAGGUUUACUGAGUUACCAAGCUAGUCCUACAAACGAUACUACUUUUGAAAUGGAGUUAAGUCAAGACUCGGAUGGUGAGUGCGAACUGGACUCCACAUGGGAAGAUGAACACGAAAAUAAAACACCCAGCAAGAAGAAGAGUCGCAGGAACAUGCGUGCUGCCAAGGACAUGCAAGACUUUCGGCAUAGUUGCCAGAACUUGGAUCAUGGUGAUGAUGAACCAGCAUCAGGCCGCUUCUAUAACCUGGAGUUUUACAGAGGUCAAAUUAGAUCUUCUCCUAAUGAUAUUCACAUUGAUGAUUUUCACAAGCAGUGGUUUGGUCAAUAUAAUCAGCUGGAAAAUGUUCACACCUACAUUCAGUGGUUAUUUCCAUUACAAGUGCCAGGGGUGAACAGUAGGGCACAUGUGCUCACAAAAAAAGAAAUCAAGAAUUUCCGUAGAGAUAAACAAGCACAGAGUAAGUUGGUUAAAUCAUAUGAAAUAAUGUUGGAUUUCUAUGGUAUUCGUUUGGUCAAUAAAGAUACAGGAGAGGUGGAGCGUGCCAAGAACUGGAAGCAACGCUUUGACCACAUAAACAGACAUACACUCAAUAACCUGCGCAUCACACGCAUCCUGAAGUGUUUGGGGACUUUAGGAUUGGAGCACUUUCAGGCUCCGCUGGUCAAGUUCUUCCUCCAUGAGACUCUAGUUAUGGGAGAACUUCCAAGUGUGAAACGAGCUGUACUAGAUUACUUUUUGUUUGCGGUAUUAGACAAGUCAAAGAGGAGAGAGUUGGUUAGAUAUGCUUAUGAGCAUUUCAGACCUAAAGAAGAGUUUGUCUGGGGCCCAAAGAAGAUUCUGCAAAUGGAAACUUCAAAAGAAGAUGAGCAGGAAAGGGUGAGGACCCAUAAGAUCAUGCCUGGAGUGAAAAAAAUACAGGCCUGUCCUCCUCCUAUAAGUAUGAAAAGUAAGAAACCUCAUAAAAAUGAUCAUCAGAAAGAUGAUAAAGCAGUUAGUCUUGACAAAUUUAUGGCAACAGAGAAAAAAUUAAGAGAGACAAAACAAAGGGAAGAAGGUGAGACUUGUGAAAUGAACAAAACGCAUACUGGCCCUCGACCUGAAGGCAUUGGAAUUGACAACCCUUGUAAAAAUGAUCACCAGCAAGGUAAUAAAAAAGUUCUUUCUAACAAAUUGAAGGAAAACAAUAUUACAAGUGUUCAGAGGGCGAAUGAAAAAAGUCAGUGCAGGUCAAAAAACAAAAAGGCAGAAAAGCAAAGUCAAGGUACGAGUGUUGAAGUUGAAAUUAAUAUAGGAACCAUCAAUUUUGAUGAUGAUCUAAAUAAGAAAACUGAUACAAGUGAUACCUCAAUAAGUGCUAAUGAGCUGACUAAAGAAAACAUUAAAAGUGAUCAGGGAGCACAAUGCAGCUCAAAAGAGGAGACUGUAAAAAAUCAGGAGAUGAGUGUUGGGGAUGAGGAAAAUAAUGAUGAUGGUAUUGAAAUGUCUCAUGGGGAUUAAAGUCAGUGAAAUGAUCUCCGUAAAGGGUGCUUAGAAAUGACUCUGUUAGUCAAAUGAGUUUGCUCUCCAAAACUAUGUUACAAAACUUUCUAGGAACUCUAAUUAUGAAUUUAAAGUGUAAUAAGUUGCAAAUUUUAUUUUUCAUACUUUUUCCUUCAUUUUGGUGAGUGCAAUAUACAUUUAAAAAAAGGAUUGUAGGUUAAUGCACAGUAUGUGGUGUCUUCACUGAGGAAACAGUUUGUACUUAUGACUGAUUGUUUAAAAAAAAUUAGCUUUUGUAAAUGCUAGAUUUGUGAGUUCUGUGUUUUUAUCAUUCUAAUAAUUUUUUUUAAAUACAAUUAGAAGCUAGUGUACAAUGGAAUGUAUACUUUGUAAAAAUGCUGUGCAAUAGUUAUUCUGCGUGUAUCUUGAAACUAUGUUGUUUUAGUUUUAAUAACGUAUAUACUACUGAACCACAUACUGUAUGUCUACACAUUAUCAUUGUCGAAUGCUGCCACACAACAUACUGCACAUUAUACACACCUUACUUUAUAAUGAUUGCUUGUCACUUCGUAAGAUUGUUUCCGUUUUUGUAUGAUGAAAAUGCAAUAAAUAAGCAAUCUAUAAAACAUAAA